AUGGGGUAUGGGUUUGGUGCUGGCUUUAGUGCUGGUAGUGGAAUCCAUACUAUGGGCUAUAGGGGAAGAGAACAAGAACUUGAGGUUAAUGAAGUGGUUUUGGAGGGGCCUCUUGUCGCGUUAAAAGCAUCACUCCUCACAGGACGAUUUUCAGACUUGACCAUCUUUCAUGGCGUACGUGUAUGGAAUGCACAUAAAGCUGUUGUGUGUUCACAAUCAGAGGUCUUAGAGAGUAUGAUUGAUAGUAAUGGUGUUGGAAAUAUAUUCGGCAACCCCUCCAAAUCCAGCAUUCUCAACCUCUCCUCCUUCCCCCUCGACUCCAUCACCGCCCUAAUAGAAUACCUCUACGCAUCCGCCUACCCACUCCCCACCGCGUCAGGCGACAUCUCCCCCACAACCUGCACCUACCUAACCGAACCCUCGUACUCCCUCCCCCGCCACGAACAAAUCUUCCACCUAGCCGUACACCUCCAAAUCCCCGCAUUGGAAGCCCUAGCCGCAGCCUCCUUCCGCCAUACACUCAACACGCAAAUCUCAAACCUAGAUAUCUAUUUCUCAUCUAUAAAACGCAUCUUCAAUAAAACAACGGAUGAAAAUCCAGGAUUGAGAAAUGCGUUGCUGGAAGCGGUGGUGUUGGAUUUAGAUGGGAAGGGGGUGGAGGUUAGGGAGGUGAUUAGGGAAGUUGGGGUUCCGGUUGAGGUGGAGAGGGUGGUUGAGAGGGUUGUGGAGAGGGUGCUGCAGGGUGAGGGGGAGGAGGAGGGGAAGAAUGAAUGGGUUUUAUGUGCGGAUUGUGGACCGAGGGGGGAGGGGGAGGAGUAUGAGGUUAAGUUGAUUGGUCAACGCUUACAAUUUGAGGCAAAUAUAAAACAAGUCGAAGAUAUGAUAUAG